CAGAAGCAAGGACGAACAAAAAAAAAACAAGAAAAAAAGAACCCGGCCCAAUUGUUCCAUUAACAUAAAGUCCGUGUUUUUGUGGUGUUGGGCGAAAUUGAAUUUGUGAACGUCUCACUUCAUCAGGGAAGGAAUCCGACCAUAAUCAAGAUUCAUAUGUCCGAGCGAACGCAUAGCCAAGUUGCCCAUGUUCUCGAUCCGAUCACCACAUUCUUGAACCGAUGUGCCCAGAGCAAGAACUCCAUCGCCAUCAAGAAGCUGCACUGCCAUCUUCUGAGGACGGGUCUGCUGUUCUCCUCCGUCGCCUUCCACGCGAAGCUUAUCUUGUCCUACGCCUUGUGCCACCAGAGCAACGACCUCAAGCUGUCUAAUUUCUUCAAAUUCAUCGACCCCACCAACGCCCUCCCCUUCAACAUCCUCAUCUCUGAUUUUUCCAAAAAUGGGUUAUGCUCCAACGCUCUAAAGACGUUCUCUUUCAUGCACUCCAAUGGCGUUCCUUUGGAUAGCUAUGACAUGUGCAGCACUCUGACAGCUUCAACUAGCAGCCAAAGCUUCGGUUUCGGUACGCAGGUUCAUGCCCUCGUGGGGAAGCAGGGUUGGUCAUCUAGUGUCUUUGUGGGCAGUGCUCUGAUCGAUUUGUACGCGAAAUCAUCACUUGUCAACGAAGCAGCUAAGAUGUUCGAUGAAAUGCCCGUGAGGAAUACUGUUUGCGCGAAUGCCCUCUUGUUGGGUUUUACUGAGGCUAAGAUGUGGAAUGAGGUCCUUGGUGUUGCUAGGAACAUGCCUGAAUUGAAUAUGAGCUAUGAUAACUACACUUUUUCGGCCAUAUUGCGCUCAUGUAUCGGGUUAUCAGCGGUCGAAUUGGGUAGGCAGGUUCACUGUUGUAUUGUUCGUAAUAUUCACUACACCGAAAAUGACGUUUUUCUGCAGAGUUCUCUGAUUGAAAUGUAUGGGAAGUGCGGCUUUGUCAAGAAAGCUCUGCUAUUGUUUAAUGCUCUGGGAAAUGGAAGAAAGUCUGACCUCGUUCUAUGGACUUCAAUGCUAGGUGCAUUUGGACGAAAUGGGUAUUACAAAGAAGUGAUCCAAAUGUACGAAGAAAUGCUUAUGAGAGGGAUAAUACCCGACGAAAUUGUGUUCGUGACUGUUCUCUCAGCAUGUGCUCGAACAGGCCAAGUAGAAAGGGGAAUCCAGUAUUUUGAAUCCAUGACUGGGGAAUAUGGAUUGACUCCUUGCGAAGAGCACUACAGCUGCCUCAUUGAUCUGCUCUCUAGGGCCGGUGAGUUGGGCAAGGCUCAGAGUUUGGUGGAUGAGAUGCUUCUCAAAGGGUUUGUUGGUGGUGUUUCAAUGUGGGGGGCUCUGCUGAAUGCAUGCUUGGACCGUGGGAAUUUCGAACUGGGCAAAUUCGCAGCUCAGAAGGCACUGGAUUUGGAUCCUCAGAACAUGGGAGUUUACACAAUGCUCUCAAACUUGUAUGCAAAGUUUGGUAUGUGGGAUGAGAUUGAACUUCUGAGGGCUUCGACAAAAAGGAGGGGAUUAAACAAAGAUAUUGGGUGUAGUUGGAUUGAGGUCACAGUUUGAACUGUCAGAUAUUUUGAGAUAGCAAACAGUAGUUUGCUUGAUAUAUAUGAGAAUGCUCUUGUGGUUUGUUAGUCCCAACUGGUUUUUCUUGCACAUAGUUGACUCCAAAUUGAAGGAGCGCCAAUGUCUCAUUGAUAGUCCAAAGACUACAGAGAGAAGAAAGUGUUAGUCGCAUACGGAGAUUAUGUGUUCAGCGUUAAAGUCCCGGGAGAUGUCCAGCUUGUAUAUCAUAUCAAUAUGAUGGAGGCACGCUCUUGAAAUCCUUGGGAAGUUAAAAGAGAUUAAAUAUGAAGAUAAAUCAUGGAAUACCACUUUCUGGAGUCUGGACUGUUGGUACGGUCGAAUGAGCUUUAUUGAAAUGAUAAUGCAAAAUAGACCAGUACUGUCAUGGUUGCACUGUGGAAAGUACCACUUACCAUUUCUUGACAGACACCACUGACUAGCAUUUAGUGAUACUGGUUGAAAAUGCAAGGUUAACAAAGUGAAGAAUCUUCGUUUACUUGCUAGCAGGUGCUGAUUCUUGAGAAUUUCGUUGCAGUUGAUUCCAUGGAAGAGACACAUUUGCAUUCCGGCAUGAAGAAGAGAUUACGACCCUUCCCUCUUCUUCUGGGAAGUUUGCAUCUGUAACUUUUCUUGACCUUCUCUGUUUCUUUAAUCUCUGAGAGGAGUUUGGCCUCUGUGCAAUACCAUUAUUUCAAAGGAGAAGUCAUACUGUUCGCUAAUUAUGCUAAUCUGCGGGUCUGGUGUGUCCUCGAGAUUAUGUGAGUGGAGAAUAGGCAACAUGAAUUUACUUCCAGUUGCAGCUUCUCACGUUCUGAUUAUUCAAAAGAAUACUGAGUCACAGAAUUCAUCACAUCCUGAGAUAUUGCGGCUGCAAUAACCUUUGUAGCUCUAGUAUUCCCUUGCUACCGCCUUUACGUUUGUGAUGCUGAUCAUUUUUCAGUCCCCAAAUUGUCCAAUUACGUGCUAGUUUGUCAUGUACUUGACCUUACAACGGUGACCCUCCGUGAACGUGAUUCUUACGAUCCCCAUAAACUCGAGCGGGGCCCUUCGGAGCUAACUUUAUUUAAUCGAUCUGACAACGCGGGGAGGGAAGAAAAAGAUGAAAACUGAAACUGAAAGGUCCCGCGCAAUAGUCUUUCAGCAUUUCACUGUCUACAUACCUUAAGGUUGCAUCCUGUAGCAAACCCCCAACAAGCUUCUUAUGAUUUGAGUUUGGAUAUAUGGUUUGACAGCAAACGCACAUGUUGAUGCUAACGUACAACUUCAUUGCGUGCAAUUAUCACACCUUGAAAUGAGGCCUCAACAUUUACCCGUGAGGGAGGAAGCGAGUCAAUCUCGAUUCGGCACGCAUCUGUAAAGGGAAGGGUUUGUUGCUAGACACUAUUAUUGAUCGAUUGUUGGUACUUUAUUUGGGAAAGCAGAAGCUUCCUCUUAUGUUAUAAGCAAUCCUUUCGAAGAUAUGCCCUAAAGUGAAAACUCUCAAAUGGAAUCAUCAAUUAAUAAAUGUCCACCUAAGGUUUAUCA